AUGUCACUGAGCCCUAAACGCUCAACUUCGUUUUUUGUGACCGACAUCCUGUGUCCACUCGAAGAGGGCUACAAGAAAGUCGCCGCUACUGUCGACGCGAUUGGAUUUCCUACAACAUUAACCUUCGCAACAUCAGUCUCAUACCGUAACCACCAGCCUCAAGAAAGCAUGAAUGUGCCCGUGACCAAUCCCUAUAUGGUUCCUCAACUGUCCCAUCCCAACUCCUUCACGACCCAAUAUUGUAAUGGUGCCGACUUCUCGCACUACGGUGAUCACGUGCGUCAAACCGCGACUGGAUGGUACGGAGCGCCCCCAGACCCGCGCUUCGCAAUUUCUCGUUUGAUGGGCUCGUCUCCCGGAAUGCCCAUGUCCAACAUGAACAUGCCGACCUUCGGUACUUGUAGUGUAGCUACAGCAGCCGAGAACAAGGCAGUGGUUUCAGGGGUCCAGUUUCCACUGACGCAACGCCGUAAGCGGCGAGUCUUAUUUACCCAAGCACAGGUGUACGAGUUAGAACGACGGUUCAAGCAGCAGAAAUAUCUGUCGGCCCCUGAAAGAGAACAUCUGGCCGGUAUGAUCCAUCUUACCCCCAAUCAGGUGAAAAUAUGGUUUCAAAACCACCGCUACAAGUGUAAAAGACAGGCUAAAGAGAAGGCCAUGGCUGAGCAGCAAACUCAACAGUCUCACCAGCAUUCGCCAAGAAAAGUCGCCAUACCCGUGCUGGUUAAGGACGGCAAGCCUUGUUCUACCAGUUCGGGAGACCACGACGGGACUUCUACCAACGGUAGUAAUGCCAAUGCUACCACAGAGCUUCAGUUAUCUCAGCCACACCAAAUACGGACCACCCUUCAAGGUUCAUCGUACCUCGGCGAUUUGUGUCCCACAAAUAUCGCAGUUGGCCGCUCUCACUUGAUACCACAGCCCGCAGAGACUAAUCCUAGCCCUGGUCUCACCUCUCAUAACAGUUUAGAUGGCUACGGUUCGCACAAUGGGCUAGUGUCGAGCAGUGGUGCCUGUCCCACGUACCUCCAAAUACAGGGUAGAACGUGGUAA